GCCGAAACCAAAAUGCCUCUCCCAGCAUCCCAACCACAUUUUCGCAGACUAGACCCUUCGGAGCUAAUCUGAAAAUUCCAAACUCCCUCUGAUCUGGGUACCUAACCUAAAAUCUGUGCCCGACGCCAGUAAACCUCGGAUGAACCAAUCUAGAACUGCAGCCAACUGAUUCGACACCGGCGAGCCUCGAGGCGGGUUACUGUUGCGUAUUUGGCGCCGGCAAUCUGCAGAGUGAGUCAUGGUGGUUUUUUAUGACAGCAGCGAGAUGCAGAAUGGGUCGCCGUAGUCUGGGCACAACGUCGGUGAGUGAGAACGGUGAGUUGGGUCGGGGCAUUCGUCCCGGGUCGGAUUGUGAAUUUGGCAAAGGCUUAGUGAAGCUUUUUGGUUAAAAGGCAAAGUGCUCCAUGGCCGACGAUGCUUCGGAACUCGAGGCCGGGUCGGAAGGCAGCGACAUACUAACCAAAAAUUCGGCCGAGUUUGCCACAAAGUUUAAGAAGGCUUUUGAUGCUUCCAAAGACACACUUCAAAAUUCCGUGGUUUGUCAGCUGGCGAAAAACAAAGAACCGCUGGGAAUGUGCACACUGGGGCCGCAUUACUACGCGGGCAUGCCGCUGGUCAUGAAGGAGGUACUAGAGGGUUCGUUAGUUGACACGUCAUGUCUUGCUUAUGGGGCUAGUUGGUCCACCUGGAGUUCUGAAUUCAAACUUCCGCGGGUUUGGCCGAAACUGACCCCUAAGUGGAGCAAAUGGGUGCCAAGGAUGGAGCAUUUCUUUGCUCAAAAAUGGAAGGACUAUGGAAUAUAUGAUAGUAUAAAGAUGACGGAGCAAGAGAUUCAUAUGGAUCGGCCCCUUCUUGAACCGAGCUUAUGCUUCUGGUCGUCCGCCACCAACACUAUCAACUUGCCUCUUGGUCCCAUGACCCCUACUUUGUUAGACAUGGCCGCAAUAUUUGGGUUUCGGCCGAAUGGCGAGGCGGUUUGUGCUACAGCCAAAUUCCCUAGUUCCUUCCAUGCUAGUCUGAAACCUAAAGCGAUAAAGAAUGACAAGAAGGCUAAAGAUGACGCAGAAGCUAAGGCAAAGCAAUUACUCAACUAUAGCACCUUUUAUGCCACACAUGCAGUUGAUGAAGCAGUUUCGGAAACUAGGAGGCAACCUCCAAAACAGCACGAGCAUGCCGCCUUCCUUCUCUAUUGGCUUUGUAAUGGUAAGAAGAAAGCACCGGAUGGCAAGUUAAAAUCAACCAAAGGAUCCUCUAAACAAGGACAAACAUCGAAGAAACGUGGCUCAACAUUGGGGUAUACUUGGAACGCCAAGAAAACAAAGAAAUCAUCGGAUGUGUUGGAGAAUUCGGUCACAAACCCGACGGACACUAUGGUUAGUGAGGACAUAUUUUUCGAGGCUAAUAUGGAUGAUGGCCAUGAUGCUUUGGCUGAAAACCAAAAUACGUCUGAAAUUGAGGAUAUGGCCGAAACUGGUGACGCCUCGAUCCAUAGCGCGGACUCGGCUGAUAGCGAAGGUUAUUCGGAAGAAGCUCAAUCAGAAAGCGGCGACCAAGAGAGAGAUGGCCGCAUUGAUCAUUCUUUGCCCCCACUUGAAAACUCCAUGAUUGAGAUUGACAUGGACAACUUGGGUGAGAGCCAACUUCACAACACGUCGAGCAUCGGCCAACAGCUUGCCAUAUCAAACAACUUUUCCAAGGAUGUUGAAAACACAGAUGCACGUGGCCGAGAAACACUACUUAUCCAUCAGACAUUGGUUCAGGAUCAUACAGCGGGUGAUCUUGGUUUGGACCUACUUCAAUUCCUAAAUACUCUAGACAACACCACGAGUCCUGAAGAGGAAAAACUUGAAACAGCCGAAACCAAAAAGGCACUUGAGACGGUCAUACAGUUUUUGGGUUGUGAUGUGAGAACAGUGACCGAGGCUAGUUUUCUCUCUUUCAAGGAGGCGGUUGAAGUACUUAUUUCAGCCAAACAUUUCUCUCAGGUAGAGGCUUAUGAAGUUCAUGCUCGUUUGGCUGUUGUAAAUUUUAGUCUCUCUCCUUGUCUAGAAGCCCAAAAAGAGUUUGAAGCAGGCGAGAAGUUGAAAAGUGAGUACGAUGACAUUCGCCAAUCUACUGAUCUUGGCCAACUCCAGAAGUUGAAGACUUCUUUGGACGAAGGAAGGCAAAAAGUGCUUGAUCUGAGGAAGCAGUUGGCCGAAGCUGAAAAGCAAGUCAAAGUCACUUCGGCCGCCAUCCGAACCAUUGUUCCCCAACAAGAUCUCACCAAGUAUAGCUUGAUUCUGUCAUCGGUCAAGUCGUAUAACAAGAAGAGGGGCAUCUUGAAACGAAAGGUCGACCAAGGUAUGCAAGACUUAGAAGAUGUUAAAGAAGCUCUUCGGUCACUCUUGCCCACUGAUUAGUUACUUUAGGAAGUGAUAUUCAUCUCGGCUUAUAUUUUGUACAUGGCCUUAGGCCCGUAACUCAGCCGGUUGACACGUUUUUGUAGAGUUUGGCCGACCUUCUUUGUAUGACUCAAACACUAAUUUUGUGUAUGUGACCGUUGAUCACCCGACCGCUACUCUGUCAAUUGACUCGGCCUCUUUUGACUUCAUA